AUGGAAUUCUUCGAGCAAAGGAGUAGAUACACUCGAGAACCUGUGUCAUUGACCAUAGCCUUCUUGUUGGGUGUUGGAGGCAUUGCUGUGGGAACUGCCUGGCUCAUCAAAUAUUACAGAGACAUUGCUGACAGUGAAGAGGUCAAGAGGAAACUGUCUCUGCUGAGUUGUCACUUCACAUGGCAUCUGCUGUUUCAAGACAUUGACAUACCUUAUUUGGAAAUGAGGAUCUCUGAGGAGCUUGAAUUCCUAGACAUCAAAGACACAGUGGGGAUGCUCAACCUCAGGGCCUAUGUGAAUCACCUGAAAGCAGAGGAUGAGGAAGCCCUGCAGAGCUUAAAAGAAGCAGAAGCCUUGAUCCAGAGAGAGCAGUUGGGCAAGAGAAGCUUGGUGACCUGGGGCAACUGUGCCUGGGUGCAUUACCACAUGGGCAGGUUGGCAAAAGCCCAGAAGUACCUGCAAAAGGUGAAGAACACUUGCAAGGAAUUGGGCAGUCGAUUCCCCUUUACUAUGGAGUGUGCCGAGAUGUAUUUUGAUCAAGGCUGGGCCUUGCUGAAGUGUGGAGGACAUAAUUACAUAGAAGCCAUGAGGAAAUUUCAAAAGGUUCUGAGAUUGGAGCCUGAAAACCCCGAAUACAACAUUGGCUAUGCCGUUGCAGCCUAUCACAUAGACUUUGAUAACAAUAUCUCUCUAGCACCCUUAAGGAAGGCUGUAAGGUUAAAUCCAGAAGAUCUGAAUAUUAAAGUUUGUCUUGCACUGAAGCUUCAGGAUGUAGGAUUAGUAGCUGAAGCAGAAACACACAUUGAAGAAGCCCUCAGUAGCACAUCCUGCCGACACUAUAUCUUUCUAUACAUAGCCAAGUAUUACCGAAGGAAAGGCUGCAUAGACAAGGCUCUCCCUCUGCUACACAGGGCCUUGCAGGUGUCACCUGCCUCUGGCUACCUGCAUUACCAACUAGGGCUCUGCUACCAUAGACAUGUAAUGCAACUGAAGACAUCCAGCAAUGAGCAGGCCAGAAAGCAGGCGGCACAACAGGCCAUUUUUGAAUUUCAAGAGACUCUGAAACUCAGGCCCAUAUUUGAAAUGGCUUAUGUUUGCAUGGCUGAAGUACAGGCAGAAAUGGGCCAAUAUAAAGAAGCACAGGCAAAUUUCCAGAAGGCGCUGAACAUGACGGUAAUGUACAUUCAUCUUGAGUGUCACAAAGAGCAGGAUAUUCACUUACGCUAUGGCCAUUACCAACACUUUCAUCGGAAAUCAGAGGAAGACGCGAUCACCCACUACUUAAUAGGUCUUAAUCUGAAAAGAAAAAACUUUGUCUGGAGGAAACUACUCGUAGCAUUGGAGGAAGUGGCCACAAGACGUGUUCGCCAGAAUGUUCAACUUGUGGAGAGCACCUGCUUGCUUGGGUUCGUCCACAAACUGAAAGGAAAUAUGAAGGAAGCCGUGCAGUUCUAUGAGAUGGCUCUGAGGCACACUGGGGAAAUGAACCCUGAAUUUUGA